UAUCUGUUUGAAAAAUGGCGCCUUCACAUGCAUCAUCAAUGCGUAAUUAUUUUCAAAGUAAUUGUAAAGUGAAAGAUUUUCAAGCCCAUUCUUCUAAGGUGCAUAGCGUUGACUGGAACUGUGAUGGAAGGCGUUUAGCAUCUGGAAGUUUUGAUAAAACAGUUUCAAUAUUUGUACUGGACAGAGAUCGAUUGAGUAAAGAACAUAAAUUUCAUGAACAUGGAGGUAGUGUUGACCAACUUUGUUGGCAUCCUAGUCAUCCUGACCAACUGGCGACAGCAAGCUUGGAUAAAACAGUUCGAAUCUGGGACUCAAGAGCUGCUAAAUCAGUUGCUGUUGUACAAACUAAAGUUUUGUCAAAAAUAGUUAAAUACAAGAAUGAUCAACAUUUUAACUUGGAGCUGUUUUUCAGGAUGGCUAGUAACUACAUGGUUUUUCCUCCUACUUUUGAUAUUGCUGUUCAUGCUGGGAGAUUUGCUGCUCAGUUACAAGAUGGGAUUGCUAUGCCUUGUCUUCCAAGUUUAUCCAAACAGCAUGCUUUGGUGUUCACCACUAGGAGGAGGAGCAACAUUGUUGAUUGCAAAUGGUGGUUGGAUCGGAACAAUACUACUAUUGGCGUACCCAUUCCGCCACCUCAUCCCAAGAUCCAUCUGUUUACAGAUGCAUCUCUUCGGGUAUGGAAAGCUUUACUUCAAGAUCAGGAGUUCCAGGGUAUUUGGACAGAAGACGAGUCUACCCUUCAUAUCAGUAUUCUCAAACUCCUUGCAGUACUCCGGGCAAUGGUUCAAGAUGUUUCUGUAUGGUUCAUGCCUACAUCUGCCCCUCCAACUUCUCAGUGUGGUAUUCUAGUUAUAGUGUCAGUGGAGUUUGCUUCAACUGUUUUUUACCCUAGCUACCCUCAACUUGAACAGCAAUGUGUUCUGACUGCUCAUCCUGCCAACUGUAUCUGCAUAGAAUUCGAUCCCAGGGGGAAGUACUUUGCCAUAGGAAGUGUUGAUGCCUUGGUUAGCUUGUGGGAUGCACAAGAGCUUGUUUGUGUACGCACUUUCUCUAGAUUGGAUUGGCCAGUAAGGACAAUUAGUUUUAGCUAUGAUGGUAAGAUGUUGGCAUCUGCCUCUGAAGAUUUACUUAUUGAUAUUGCUGAUGUGGAAACUGGAGAGAAAAUAGCAGAUGUACCAUGCGACUCAGCAACAUUUACUGUUGCCUGGCACCCAAAAAGAUACCUCUUGGCUUUUGCCUGUGAUGAUAAAGAUAAAUAUGAACAGGAUGCUGGAACUGUAAAAUUGUUUGGGUUACCUAAAGAUACAUGAGUAUCUGAAAUAAAGUAAUCUUUUCCCACACA